CCUCGAAGACGUGGAGAGGAAAGGAGCGCGAGCCCAUUUGUGCCCUAGUUCGCCCACUGUUUCUGUAGUGGGCACGAAACGUACUGCCGAUGGCAAGAGCGUGCAAACUCUGAUUGGACAACGUCCGCGAGCAUCUCAAGACUCAUAAACCACGCUCCUUCUCCGUCGCAGAUAUCUUCAUUUCGAUACGUCCUUCCCUUCCUAGCGACAUCCUUUCUACAACGCAAUUGCCAAUUCAGGCACAUUAUCCAUUAUGACUUCGUUCAGACAUGCCUUCUCGCUUGAUAAGCAGGAGCUCAACGAGAUGGCGCCUCCUGGCACUGUCACGUUGAUGGACAGAGAACUCGUACGAACAAAUACAGGGCACCAUGAGGUCGAAGAAACCCACAUCCACUUGAACCCAGAGCCAUCACCGGAUCCCGCGGAUCCUCUGAAUUUCUCCAACACACGCAAGAUCACGAUUCUGCUGUUGAUGAGUAUAUACGCCUUCGUUACCAAUGUCUCGAGUUCGAUCAUCAGUAGUGCCUUGCCGACUCUGAUUACCGCUUUCAUGCAAAUGCACGAGCGUGGACCUCCUACUGGCAUUCUGCCGUUCAGCAAGCUGACCCACCUUAUCGCUGUCAACAACCUCUUUCUGGGUGCCUCAAACAUCUGGUGGGUGCCUCUAGGAAACACCUUUGGUCGUCGUCCUGUAAUCCUUGUCUGCUUGGCUCUCCUCUGUGCAACCUCAGUCUGGGCCGGUGAGGCCAAGUCAUUCAACAGUCUGCUUGUUGCUAGACUCUUCCAGGGAUGUGGUGGUGGUGCAGCCGAUACGCUUGCUCCCGAUGUUGUUGGUCAGAUCUUCUUUACUCACCAGAGAGGUCGCGCUAUGGCCAUCUACACUAUCUUCCUUGCCUCUGGUUCUCUGGUAGGCGGUCUCAUUGGUGGUUACAUCACACACGACAUGGGAUGGAGAUGGACCAUGUACAUCUCGGCUAUCCUCUCUGGCAUCAUCUUCGUCCUGACUUUCUUCUUCGUUCCCGAGACUCUCUUCGAUCGUGAAGCAGCCAUGGCUGUUGUCCGUCCCGAGGGUUAUGACAACGACUCACCUGUCGGCGAGAAGGCUGAGAUGGCCAGAGUCGAGACUGUCAGCUCUGCUGUCUUCCCUGAAUACACCUUCGCCAGAAGCCUCAAGAUUGGCAUGUACAGACCUGGCUUCUGGAAGCGUUGCAUCACACCUUACACCACGCUGCUCUUCCCUGGUACUUGGAUGGUCAUGCUCCACUACGCCGGUCUUGUCGGCUUGAUCGUCACCCUCUCGACCGUUGCACCUCAGAUCCUUGCCGCACCUCCAUACCUGUGGGGCGGUUCGGUUGGUCUGAUCAACGUUGGUGGUUUGAUCGGUACCGCUCUCGGCGCAAUCUACACCUACUUCACCGCAGAUUACAUCGUCAAGCGCCAGGCUAGGCGUGAGCGUCACGGAUUCAGCGAGCCUGAGAAUCGUCUUCCCCUUAUGUUCCCUGCACUCGCCAUCGCUACUGCCGGCUCUAUUUGCUUCGGUUUCUCUGCAAAGGCAGCAACGCCAUUGGCCUGGAUUGGCCUCGAAUUCGGUAACGGCAUGGUCGCCUUCGGUCUGAUGCAAGUUCCUUCCAUCGGCUUCAACUACAUCAUCGAGAGUUACGGUGGAUGGAGUGCCGACUGCUUCCUCAUGGUUGUCACCUUCCGUGCCAUCAUCAGUUUCGCCUGGACAUUCUUUGUCGGCACAUGGGUCGAGAGCGCAGGUCCCGCCAUGCCUUUCGGCAUCUUUGCUCUACUCAUGGGAAUCUUUGGUCUCACCGCUGUUCCUGUCUGGCUCUACGGCAAGAGAAUGAGAGUUGCCACAGCCAAGCUUGUGAUGAAGGGAUACGCAAAGGCCGAGUAACUGAUUUAGCAGCCGCGUCGAUCUUUCAAUGAUCUUUUUACGAUAUAGCAACGUGUUUUAUGCAACCCCACAAUUCGAUCAUUCUUCUUUCCCCAAUUUGACGUCUCCUCUCAUAGUCUUGAAUGUAGUGUUUUUAGUUCUUGAGAAAAGCCUGCCACUUGCCCUUGUCCAAGAUUUCAGUCUCAGUCACACGAGCAGUCUCCUUUCCCUCUUCCAACUUUAUGACUGUCGGAAUACCACGGACGUUCCAGUCAACACGAGCGACAUUUUCGGGGGUACGCCAUUCUUCCUUCUUGCCCACGUAAAAGAGCAUGGCUUCGGGCUUCUCAGCACCGUCGAAGGCUUCGCGGACUGAAGGUUCGACAUCGACGCAAUCAGGACACCACAUCUUGCCGUCGACGAUUGAUGAGUAAAAGACCAGGAAGGAGGUUUUUGGGAGUGAUGAGCCCUUGAUUGCGCUCAUGAUGGCGGGGUAU